CGGAUGCGCCGAGCGGAGCGGCGCCGCCUCGACUCCGGCCCCCAGCUCUCGGCCGGAUGCGGCGGGAGUGCGGCCCAGGCUCCGGAGAACAUUAAGUUGGAUUAAAAAGGGGGGCGAUAAUGCACCAUGGCAGCGGCCCUCAGAGUGUCCAGCACCAGCUGCAGAGGUCCAGGGCCUUCGCCAGCAGCGAAGGAGAAGAGCAGGCCCACCCAAAUCCACCCCAGUCCCCUGCCACGCCCUUCGCGCCGUCGGCCAGCCCAUCCGCACCUCAGUCUCCUGGUUACCAAGUUCAGCAGCUGAUGAAUAGGAGUCCCGUGACCGGGCAGAACGUGAACAUCGCCCUUCAGAGCGUUGGACCAGUGGUGGGAGGAAACCCACAGAUCACGCUCGCCCCUCUGCCGCUCCCCAGCCCCACUUCUCCAGGUUUCCAGUUCAGUGCCCAGCAGAGGCGCUUUGAGCAUGGAUCUCCGUCGUACAUCCAGGUCACCUCGCCUCUGUCCCAACAGGUGCAGACUCAGAGCCCCACCCAGCCCAGUCCCGGGCCGGGGCCGGGCCUGCAGAGCGUGCGGGCGGGCACCCCUGGCCCUGGCCUGGGCCUUUGCAGCAGCAGUCCCACCGGGGGCUUCGUGGACGCCAGCGUGUUAGUGAGGCAGAUGAGCCUGAGCCCAUCUAGUGGCGGGCACUUUGUGUUUCAAGACAGCUCGGGCCUUGCUCAGAUGGCUCCGGGCACCCAGGUGCAGUUGCAGCAUGCAGGGGCUCCCAUCGCGGUCCGAGAACGGAGACUGUCACAGCCCCACGCACAGUCUGGGGGCACUGUCCACCACCUGGGACCCCAGAGCCCCGCGGCUGCCGGUGCGGCCAGCCUGCAGCCCCUGGCCAGUCCCGGCCACAUCACCACGGCAAGCUUGCCACCCCAGAUCAGCAGCAUCAUCCAGGGGCAGCUGAUCCAGCAGCAGCAGGUGCUGCAGGGGCCGCCGCUGACCAGACCCCUGCUCCCUGGGGUCGGGGUCGGGGUCGGGGGGGCUUCGGCCUUUGGGAUGACCUCCCCACCGCCCCCUACCAGCCCCUCCAGGACCGCAGUGCCCCCGGGCCUCUCCAGUCUUCCUCUCACGUCUGCGGGCAGUGCGGGGGUGAGGAAGGCCCCCAAGAAGUUGGAGGAGAUCCCCCCGGCCUCUCAGGAGCUGGCCCAGAUGAGGAAGCAGUGCCUGGACUACCACUACAGAGAGAUGGAGGCGCUGAAGGAGGCCUUCAAGGAGUACUUGAUUGAGUUGUUCUUCUUGCAACACCUUCAAGGGAACAUGAUGGAUUUCUUGGCUUUCAAGAAGAAGCAUUAUGCCCCGUUGCAAGCUUAUCUUAGGCAGAAUGAUUUGGACCUGGAGGAGGAGGAGGAGGAGGAAGAGGAGGAGGAGGAGGAGGAGGAGGAGGAAGAAAAGUCUGAGGUUAUCAAUGACGAGCAGCCAGCUCUGGCAGGGGCCCUUGUGGCAGGGGCCGGCAGUGUGGGAGAGACGGACCCCUUUAAGAGGCAGCAGGCGGGGACCCCGGCAGGUACGUCCUGGAGCACCGGCCCGAGUGAGCAGUCUAAGCGGCCUCGGCUUGAAGUGGGCCACCAGGGGGCAGUUUUCCAGCACCCGGGGGCGAAUGCAGGGGUUCCUCUUCAGCAGCUAAUGCCGACAGCUCAAGGAGGAAUGCCUCCUGCCCCCCAGGCCGCUCAGCUCGCCGGACAGAAGCCAAGCCAGCAGCAGUACGACCCGUCCACGGGGCCCCCGGUGCAGAACGCCGCCAGCCUGCACACCCCGCCGCCGCAGCUCCCCGGCAGGCUGCCCCCGGCCGGCCUCCCCGCCGCCCCCCUGCCGCCAGCACUGCACUUCCCUCAGCAGCCGCAGGUGGUGGAGCCUCACGCGCAGCUCCAGGUCCCGGCAAAGACGCAGCAGCCAAGUGCCCCUGUCCCUGUGCCCCCACCCAGCCAGCUGCCCGCUCCGCCGCCGCAGCCCGUGCCGCAGGCCCCGCACGCGCCGAUGCCUGGGAAGGCGCAGAUGCAGGCCGCUCAGCUCUCGUCCCAGCCGCAGACGGUGGCGUCGACAAGAGCCCCCGUGGACCCUGCCCAGCCCUGUCAGCGGCCCCCGCCAGCGGCCUCUUCGACCUCGUCCGCAGCUCCUGCCGGCGGCUCGGGCCCGUCACCCGCACGGGUCUCCGCAGGGAAUAGACCCUCCUCGGCAGCCAGCAAGUCACUGUCUCCGGUCACCUCCCGGUCCCCGGGGGCAGCCGUGUCCGCACCCCCAAAACCACAGAGCCCAGCUCAGAAUGCCGCUCCGCCCCAAGACAGCUCUCAGGAUAAGGUGGCAGAACAGAUAGCAUUGGAAAACCAGAUCCAUCAGCGAAUAGCAGAUUUGAGGAAAGAAGGCCUGUGGUCCCUCAGGCGGUUGCCCAAACUGCAGGAGGCCCCGCGCCCCAAAUCGCACUGGGACUACCUGCUGGAGGAGAUGCAGUGGAUGGCCGCAGACUUUGCCCAGGAGAGGAGGUGGAAGAUGGCCGCGGCCAGGAAGCUCAUCAGGACCGCGGUGCGCCACCACGAGGAAAAGAAGCUUCGCGAGGAGAGGGGAAGGAAAGAGGAGCAGAACCGACUGAGACGAAUCGCUGCCUCAACCGCCAGAGAAAUAGAGUGUUUUUGGUCAAAUAUUGAACAGGUUGUGGAGAUAAAACUACAAGUAGAACUGGAAGAAAAAAGGAAAAAGGCCUUAACCUUACAGAAGGUUCCCAGGAGAGGAAAAGAGUCGAGGCCUAAGGGGCUUGAUGUGUUGCCAGAAGCUUUCCUGGAGUCGGGGUUGUCUGGAAGGAAGAGGAAAGCUAGCACGUCUCUGACUGAUGACGAAGUGGAAGACGAGGAGGAGACCAUAGAGGAGGAAGAAGCUAACGAGGGGGCCGUGGACCACCAGGCAGAGCUGUCCAACUUAGCCAAAGAAGCUGAAUUGCCCCUAAUCGAUUUGAUGAAGUUGUACGAAGGAGCUUUUCUGCCCAGUUUCCAGUGGCCGCAACCUAAGCCUGACAGUGAGGAGGCGAGUGAAGAAGAAGAUGUGGAAGAUGCCCCGGGUGAUCGAGAGAGCCGGAAGGAUGUGGUUCUCAUAGAAUCGCUGUUCAUCAUGGACCAGUUCAAAGCUGCAGAGAGAAUGACUAUUGGGAACCCUCAUACAAAGGACAUCGCGGAGGUGACCGCUGUGGCCGAAGCUGUCCUGCCCAAGGGCAGUGCCCGGGUCAGCCCCACGGUGAAAUUGAAUGCCCCAUCUCUGUUGUACGGUGCGCUCAGAGAUUACCAGAAGAUUGGCCUGGACUGGCUGGCCAAGCUCUACCGGAAGAACCUCAAUGGCAUAUUGGCAGAUGAAGCUGGGCUUGGUAAAACAGUGCAGAUCAUUGCUUUUUUUGCCCACCUAGCUUGCAAUGAAGGUAACUGGGGCCCUCAUCUUGUGGUCGUAAGAGGCUGUAACAUCCUCAAAUGGGAGCUCGAGCUGAAGCGUUGGUGCCCUGGGCUCAAAACCCUCUUAUAUGUUGGCAGCCACAGAGAACUGAAAGCCAAGAGACAGGAGUGGACGGAGCCCAACAGCUUCAACGUGUGCAUCGCGCCCUACAAACAGUUCUUCCGGGGCUACGCGGCCUUCACGCGCGUGCGGUGGCGCUGCCUGGUCAUCGACGAGAUGCAGCGUGUCCGCGGCAUGACCGAGAGGCACUGGGAGGCCGUGUUCUCCCUGAGGAGCCAGCAGCGCCUGCUCCUGAUCGACGCACCCCUGCACAACACCUUCCUGGAGCUCUGGACCAUGGUGCACUUCCUCAUCCCCGGCAUCUCCAGGCCCUACCUGCACCUGCCCCUGAAGGCCCCCAACGACGAGAACCAGGACUACUACCACAAAGUGGUCAUCCGGCUGCACCGGGUGACGCAGCCCUUUAUCUUGAGGAGGACUAAGAGAGACGUGGAGAAGCAGCUGACGAAGAAGUACGAGCACGUGCUGAAAUGCCGCCUGUCGAGUCGGCAGAAGGCCUUGUAUGAGGACGUGAUCCUGCAGCCCGGAACACAGGAGGCGCUGAAGAGCGGGCACUUUGUGGACGUGCUGAGCAUCCUGCUGCGGCUGCAGAGGAUCUGUAACCACCCUGGGCUGGUGGAGCCCCGGCUCCCGGAGUCGUCCUACACGGCGGGGCCGCUGCAAUACCGCUCUGCCUCCCUCAUCCUCAAGGCGCUCGAUGGAGACUCCUGGAAGGAAACAGAUCUCUCUAUAUUUGAUCUUAUUGGCUUAGAGAAUAAAAUGACUCGCCACGAAGCAGAAUUGCUGUGUAAGAAGAAGGUGACACGGAAACUCAUGGACGAGCUGUUCACAGCGCCAGCCCCAUCGGGCAGGCCGGCGGCCCUGAGACUGAAGCCCAGCAGGUUGUUUCAGCCCGUGCAGUACGGACAGAAGCCCGAGGGUCGCACCGUGGCUUUCCCCAGCACACACCCGGCCCGGACAGCAGCCUCUGCCACAGCCGCGGCCACUCCGCAGGGCCAUGUGCGAGGACGGCCACCGAUUGCCACGUUCUCUGCAAAUCCAGAUGCAAAAGUGGCGGCAGCCCCGUUUCAGACCUCCCAGGCCUCCACCGGCGCUCCCGCUCCGAGACAGCCGCCCGCCUCGACCUCCAGCGCAGCACCUAGCCCAGCCCAUCCUGCGAAACCGCGGGCCCCGCCCCCGCCCCCGCCCCAGGCCCCCUCGCACCCGGCGGGGCAGAGCGCGCUGCCUCAGGGGCUGGUGCUCACCUCGCAGGCUCAGGCGCGCCUGCCCAGUGGGGAGGUGGUCAAAAUAGCCCAGCUGGCUUCCCUGGCGGGGCCGCAGAGCCGGGUCGCCCAGCCAGAGACCCCGGUGACGCUGCAGUUCCAGGGGAACAAGUUCACCUUGUCGCACAGCCAGCUUCGGCAGCUCACCGCCGGCCAGCCCCUGCAGCUGCAAGGCAGCGUCCUUCAGAUCGUAUCCGCCCCGGGGCAGUCGUACCUGCGACCGCCGGGCCCCGUGGUGAUGCAGACCAUGUCUCAGGCGGGCGCCCUCAACGCCCUGGGAAGCAAGCCCCCGGCCGGCGGCCCGGGCCCGGCCCCUGUGACGGCGCCAGUUGGUGUGCCUGGGCGAGUGGCGGUCAAUCCCCUGGCGGCUGGAGAACCUGGAAUGGCCCCCAAACCAGCCUCCCCUGUCGGAGGGCCAACCCAGGAGGAGAAGAGCAGACUUCUGAAGGAGCGACUGGACCAGAUCUACUUUGUCAACGAGCGGCGCUGCUCGCGAGCCCCCGUCUAUGGCAGAGAUUUGCUGCGGAUUUGUUGCGUGGUCGGCCGAGAACAGACAGCUUGGCCCGGGGCUUCUGACAGCAGUCAGCGGAGGGGGGCCGGGCCAGCGAGCGCUUACACGUCUCCCUCAAAUGGUCAGAAGGACCUGAUCUUGACGCUGGCCCAACGGCAAGCCUGCCUGCAGGAUGUCAUCGACAGGGUGGUGUGUGUGAUCCCUCCAGUGGUGGCUGCGCCCCCGUCCUUGUGGGUGGCGAGGCCGCCGUCCCUCUACAGCCAUAGGCUGAGGAUCCUGCGGCACUGCCUGAGAGAGCACACGGCUCCCUACGCGCAGCAGCUGCGGCGGAUGACCGCCCUGCGCUCCCUCCGGUUUCCUGAGCUCAGAUUGGUGCAGUUUGACUCAGGAAAGCUCGAAGCUUUGGCCAUCUUACUUCAGAAGCUGAAGUCUGAGGGGCGUCGAGUGCUGAUCUUGUCACAGAUGGUUCUCAUGCUGGACAUUUUAGAAAUGUUCUUGAACUUCCAUUACCUCACCUACAUCAGGAUCGAUGAAAACGCCAACAGCGAGCAACGGCAGGAGCUGAUGAGGAGUUUCAACAGAGACCGGAGGAUUUUCUGCGCGAUUCUGUCGACGCACAGCCGCGCCACAGGAGUGAGCCUGGUGGAGGCCGACGCGGUGGUGUUCUAUGACAACGACCUGAACCCCGUGAUGGACGCCAAGGCCCAGGAGUGGUGCGAGCGGAUCGGGAGGCGCAAGGACGUCCACAUCUACAGGCUUGUGAGCGGGAACUCCAUCGAAGAGAAGCUGUUGAAAAACGGAACCAAAGACUUGAUCCGGGAAGUAGCCGCUCAGGGCAAUGACUACUCCAUGGCCUUCCUGACGCAGCGGACCAUCCAGGAGCUGUUUGAGGUAUGUUCUCCCACCGACGACGCCGGCUUCCCAGUGAAGGCAGAGGAAUUCGUGGUCCUCUCUCAGGAGCCUUCUGCUACAGAAAUCAUCGCACCCAAAAUUGCAAGACCUUUCAUUGAGGCCCUCAAGAGCAUCGAGUACCUGGAGGAGGACGCCCAGAAACCCGAGGGGGAAGCCGUGCUGGGGUCGUCCGGCUCUGACAGCCCGAGGUGGAGCGAAGAGCCGACGCAGCUGGAGGAGUUAGCGGACUUUAUGGAACAGCUUACACCCAUUGAGAAAUAUGCUCUGAAUUACCUGGAACUGUUCCACACGCCUACUGGCCCUGAGAAAGAGGGGAACAGCGAGGAUGCCGUACUGACUGCCGUGAGGGAGUGGGAGGCCCGGAACGCCAGGGCCCUGCGGGAGAGGGAGACGCAGGCACUGCAGGAACGGGAGCAGGAGCAGCUUCUCACCUACACGCGGGAGGACGCCUACAAUGCGGAGUACGUGUGUGAAGGUGCCGACGGGCAGAUGGAAGUCAUGCCGCUCUGGACGCCGCCCACGCCCCCCCAGGACGACAACGACAUCUACGUGGACCCGGUCCUGUGUCUCACGUACGAAACCACGCCCAUCCCAGAGUCCAAGCUGCCUCCCGUGUAUGUGAGGAAGGAGCGCAGGCGGCACCGCACAGACCCCUCAGUUGCAGGCAGGAAGAAGAAGCAGCGUCACGGGGAGCCGGUCGUCCCUCCGCGCUCGCUGUUCGACCGUGCAACACCCGGCAUGUUGAAAAUGCGACGGGAGGGGAAGGAGCAGAAGAAGAACAUUCUGUUGAAGCAGCAAACACAGUUUGCCAAGCCUUUGCCGACUUUUGCCAAACCAACGGCUGAGUCGGGCCCAGACAACCCUGAGUGGCUCAUCAGCGAGGACUGGGCGCUGCUGCAGGCCGUGAAGCAGCUCCUGGAACUGCCUCUGAACCUCACCAUCGUGUCCCCGGCCCACACGCCCAACUGGGACCUCGUCAGCGACGUCGUCAACUCCUGCAGCCGCAUCUACCGCUCUUCCAAACAGUGCCGGAGCCGCUACGAGAACGUGCUCAUUCCCAGGGAGGAGGGGAAGAGUAAGAACAACCGGCCCCUGCGCACAGGCCAGAUGUACGCCCAGGACGAGAACGCCACGCACACACAGCUGUACACGAGCCACUUCGACCUGAUGAAGAUGACGGCCGGCAAGAGAAGCCCUCCCAUCAAGCCUCUGCUCGGCAUGAAUCCCUUUCAGAAGAACCCCAAGCACGCCUCCGUGUUGGCAGAAAGCGGGAUCAACUACGACAAGCCGCUGCCUCCCAUUCAGGUCGCGUCUCUCCGAGCAGAGCGAAUCGCCAAAGAGAAAAAGGCGCUGGCCGAUCAGCAGAAGGCACAGCAGCCGCCCGUGGCACAGCCCCCGCCGCCCCCACCGCAGCCGCAGCCCCCGCCGCCCCAGCAGCCGCCCCCGCCUCUGCCCCAGCCCCAGGCGGCCGGCAGCCAGCAGCCUGCGGGGCCGCCAGCCGUCCAGCCGCAGGCCCAGGCGCAGCCGCAGGCGCAGCCCGCGCCGCCCCCACCGAAGGUGCCCCCGGCGAUCACGACGGUGGGCAGCGCCGCCGUGCUGGCCGGAGCCAUGAAAACGUCCGUCCCGGGGACGAGCAUGCCGACGGGCACGGUGAGCGGGAACGUCAUUGUGAACACCAUUGCAGGGGUCCCUGCCGCCACCUUCCAGUCCAUCAACAAGCGCCUUGCUUCGCCCGUGGCGCCGGGAGCCUUGACUACCUCUGGAGGCUCUGCUCCUGCCCAGGUGGUCCACACCCAGCCUCGCGCGGUCGGCUCGCCGGCCACGGCCACGUCCGACCUCGUGUCCCUGGCACCGACCCAGGGCGUUCGCGCGGUUACCUCCGUGACAGCCUCGGCCGUGGUCACUACCAGCCUGACCCCAGUGCAGACUCCGACCCGGUCUUUGGUGACUCAGGUGUCCCAAGCCACAGGGGUGCAGCUGCCCGGGAAGGCCAUCACGCCCGCACACUUCCAGCUUCUCCGGCAGCAGCCGCCGCCGCCGCCGCCGCCGCCGCCCUCUCAGGUGCAGGUUCCGCAGAUCCAGGGCCAGGCCCCGUCGCCGGCACAGAUCAAGGCUGUCGGCAAGCUGACCCCGGAACAUCUGAUCAAAAUGCAGAAGCAGAAACUGCAGCUGCCCCAGCAGGCCCCCCCACCGCAGGCCCCGCCAGGGCCCCCACAGCCCGCUACACAAGUGCAAGUGCAGGCCCCGCCACCCACGCCGCAGCAGAGCCCCCAGCUGGCCACGGUCACGGCCCCGCGGCCCGGAGCCCUGCUCACGGGCACCACCGUGGCCAACCUCCAGGUGGCCCGGCUCACCCGGGUUCCCCCUUCGCAGCUGCAGGCGCAAGGGCAGAUGCAGGCUCAGGCGCCCCAGCCCGCUCAGGUGGCGCUGGCGAAGCCUCCCGUCGUGUCCGUGCCCGCGGCCGUGGUCUCCUCGCCAGGUGUGACGACCCUGCCCAUGAAUGUCGCCGGGAUCAGCGUGGCCAUCGGGCAGCCGCAGAAAGCCGCAGGACAGACCGUCGUGGCCCAGCCCGUGCACGUCCAGCAGCUGCUGAAGCUCAAGCAGCAAGCCGUGCAGCAGCAGAAGGCCAUCCAGCCACAGGCUGCCCCGGGCCCAGCGGCCGUCCAGCAGAAGAUCGCCGCCCAGCAGAUGGCUGCUCAGGGCCAAGCGCAGAAGGUCACGUAUGCUGCCCCGCCAGCCCUGAAAACCCAGUUCCUCACCACACCCAUCUCCCAGGCCCAGAAACUGGCUGGGACCCAGCAGGUGCAGACCCAGAUCCAGGUUGCCAAACUCCCUCAAGUUGUCCAACAGCAGACGCCCGUGCCCAGCAUCCAGCAGGUCGCCUCUGCGUCCCAGCAGGCUUCCCCACAGACCGUGACCCUGACCCAGGCGACGGCGGCCGGGCAGCAGGUGCAGAUGAUCCCCACGGUAACGGCGACGGCGCAGGUGGUGCAGCAGAAGCUCAUGCCGCAGCAGGUGGUGCCGACCGCCGCGAGCCAGCUGCAGAGCCCCGGCAUGCCCACCCCCGGCCCGGUGCCCGCCAGCUCCGACAGCCCCAGCCAGCAGCCCAAGCUCCAGAUGAGAGUCCCUGCCGUCAGGCUGAAGACGCCCACCAAGCCUCCGUGCCCCUAGUCGUAGUGGCGGCGCGGCUUCAGGGCCGCCGUGCCCCCCCACCUGCCAGGAGCGGGCACAGUUCAUUGCGGGACCGUGGCAGUGUUGGUUGAGGCACCGGGAGGUUACAGUGGAACCAAGUGGCGUGUCCUCAUUUUAUCACCCUGCCUCCAACACCGCGGGGGUGGCGAGCCGCAUUACGCACCCCCGUUUCCGGCGACCGGGGAGCAAGUGCUGGCGGUGGCGUCGGCCUCUGACUCCUGCAGAGCGGUGGUGCUGGCUCUUGAAAGCCGUGUGGACUCUGUGUGCGGUGCUCUGCACGUGGCCACGCGGAGCGUGCAGCGAGGCAUAAAGCACACUUCCUGAAGCUACAACGUGGUCCUGGACGGCGUCCGCCUCUGCUCGGGUCCGUAUCCCUAACUGAACACUCGUUCUGGUCCUUGGAGAGGAGAGAGGCCGGCUGAGGGAGAGCCUCUCAGGUCCGAGGAAGCCAGCAUGGUUUCUUCUUUCCCUCCUAAGCGGGAUUUCCAGGCACAUUCAUGACCGGCUCCCGGCCGUGGUGAAGGGUUACCAUCCCCGACUGAGUUUUCAUUCCAAAGAGCAGCCAGUGGGGCUGCCCCCGGGCCCUCCCCACCGUGUGCAGGUGUCCAGCCCAGCACAUCCAGGAUGCUCCCCCAGCUUGCAGAUGAAGCUCGUGUUUGAACACAGCACACUGAAGCAGGCCCAGACCGCUUUGCGAGGGGCAGGUGGGGGGAUGCCUGUCCCCGCCCCCUCGCGCCCCUGCCCAGCGCAGGCAGGAUCUGCUGACGGUAGAGAAGCUCCGCGGACCGAGUGCAGGUGUUACCUAAAGAAACGGGCGUCGUGAGCCCUUCAUCGUGGGCUGGUAGCGCCAGACUUCUGUGGCUCGCGGUGCCGGGUUCUUGCACGGGAGCAGAUGCACUCCCGCGUGGUUCCGGGUAAAGCAGAGAACCUUCUGUGCAGUAUUUGGGGGUGCAGUUGAGGGACAAAGAGGAGGCCACGUGUUUGCUUCUGUUUUACUUUUUUACGACGGCAAGCUAAUAGAAGUGUUUGCGGUGGGCUUGAUUGGCCGAACGAGGUUUGUUUUCCUGGACGCUUUCGCCCAGGCCACUGUGCAUGCCGGCUCACCCCUCUGCUCUGGCUCCGUGGCGCUCUCCUGUUACUGGGCCCAGAAAAUCAGGCCGUGUCGGGUGUGUGUGGGCACUCUGAGAGAUUCUCACUCUUCAUUUUCUCCGUCCUUCCCCAUGUACCACUUGAAGUGACACGAAGGAACGUGGACCGUAGUUUUGGUUUCCCAUCGAUUUGUGUGGACAGGAACGUGGUGGCAUUUACUGAAGCAGCUAGGCAGCCCAUUAUUGAGCUCUGGGUGAGAAAUUUGGAGAAAAGGAAAAAUCAAGUGUUGAAAACGUGGAAGGGACUGAACGUUUUAGUUCACUUGAAUACGGGGAAGUCGUCCUGUGGUCUGUGUUCUCGCGCCCACACUGGCUGGUUCUGGCGUGGCCGGAGCUACCGGGAGAGGACACAGCAUGCAGGGGGCUCCGGCUCUCUUACCCCAGACAUGCCGAGCUACGGUGUGUUUCAGCUUCUUGGGAUUUGUGCGCCCGGUUCAUCUGCCCCUCGCCCUUCCUGGGGCGCCGGCAGGUGGCUCGGGGAGGAAGAGGCCCCGGCCGGGCCUGCUGUGGCAUGCCCUGCUCGGGGCUGCCCAGACGGAACGGCGGGAGAGUGCAGAGCAUCUCUCAGAACUGAGCUGGGGUGCGAGCGCGGGGGGCGGGGGGCUCCUGCCUUCCUUAGUGCACCAGUGAGAGUCCCUCGUGGGCGAGGGCGCGUCCUUCACUGGCUCCUGACGCAGAACGCAGAGCAGACGGUUGCCUUUCGUCCUACUCAGACGCACCAGCGGCCUCGCCGGCUUCGCUGGUUGCUCCAGGAAGCAUCCUCCUCCCCGUGCGUGGUUUUCUCGGUCUUCUGUUGUCAGGGGUACACUGUCCACGUUUCUGAGCUCAGUACAAGUGUGGGGGUGGUUCUGUCCGCGGACUCCCACAUCGCCCGAGGACUGGCGUUCUGGCCGGGACAGCGCACGAUGCCCAGAAGUCACCCCCGCCGCCGGAAUGCUGUCCGAGCCGUCCUUCUGCACUGACAGCCGCUGGCCCUAAGGCCAGGCUCUUUCCCAGGAAGCCGGGCCUGCGCCUGUUCCCGCGCGGUGCCUCCCGAGGCUCACCUGUGUGCAGUCCUCACCGCUUUCUAUUCCCUGUGUAACCACGCAGCUGUUGCGUUUGAAAUAUAAAGGAAGAAGACUGAGAUUGUAAAUACUUUGUAAACAUACCCAUUUGUACUUGAAUAGUAGGGUUUUAAAAAGGGCACUGAUAUCCCGCCAAACAAAAGGUAUAA